AUUAUCAGUAUUGUUGUUUGUUGUUGAAGCCUUCAGUUUCUAGUCGAACAUAUUUGAAAGUAACACGUUCAUGCAACAGAUCCUCCAAACACAUGAUGGGACGCUUCUGUCCGGGCUGAUGCUGUUUGGACCGAUCCGGGCACUCAUACGUCAGCGCGUCACGUGAUCACGUCUGUGGCGCUGCACGCGGGAGUCCUUCAAAGUUUCUUAUUCAUCAUUUACUUCAAUUUAUUCUUUUAAUAUCCGUUUUCACUGUUUUUACCGGGUCACGUGCAGCCACAGUCUCUGGACAGACUCUGAACAGGUGUAUCUCAUCUCUUCCUGUCAGGCCGCUGACAUGAUGAGCCCCAAGCUGCUGACCCUGGUGCUGGUGGUCCGGCCCGGCAGAGUGCUGCUCGGCAUGAAGAAGAGAGGGUUCGGGGUAGGGAAGUGGAACGGCUUCGGGGGCAAAGUUCAACAAGGAGAAACCAUCGAGGAAGGUGCACGGAGAGAACUGCUGGAAGAGAGCGGCCUCACGGUGGACGCCCUGGAGAAGGUCGGAAAUAUCAAAUUUGAGUUUGUCGGGGACCCGCAGCUGCUGGACGUCCACAUUUUCAGAGCUGACGAUUAUAACGGAGAGCCGACCGAAUCAGAUGAAAUGAGGCCUCAGUGGUUUGAAUGUCACCAGAUCCCCUUCAGCCAAAUGUGGGCAGAUGACAUCAUUUGGUUCCCGCUGAUGCUCCAGAAGAAGAAAUUCGUUGGCUACUUUAAGUUUCAGGGUCACGAUGUGAUCCUCAGCCACAAACUGGAAGAAGUGGAGCAACUGUGAGCGGUACUGUGUUUCUGAGGACAUUUAUUAAAAGCAUCGGCCUUCCAGGUUUCUUCUUUAAUGGUGAAGUUAUCUUUAUAAAUUCUCUAGUGAUUGUUGUUUGUCCUUUCUUUACUCUACAUGUAGUGUUUACAUGUAAAAUAACUGUUACAGUAACUGUUUCAAAAAAAGAGACAAUCAAAGCAUCAAUACAGUGAAAGAAAAAUCCUGUGUUUUUAUUUUUCAGGAUAACUGAUUUUACACAAUUCAGCAAGGAUUUCUUAGAUAAAAUAUUUACAAUAUCUACAGUCAUAAUUUUAUUGGGUUCAUAUUCUGUGCAAGUCAACCUGAUUCCUGAUACUGUUUUUCUUUUCAAAUGUGUUCAAACUGUAUGCACAAAUGUUUCAGUUUCUUUAUAAAAUAAAAGUUGAACUACG